AGCAGCUUUACAGUAUAGAAAUAUUAAUUUAAAAUACUAUAUAUCUCUAACAUGUAUCAUUGGUGAGCAAGCUGGAGGUGACUGUGGAAAGGAAAAACUCCCUGAGAUGAUAUGAGGAAGAAAGUUAUAUCAAAUAGGUUAAAAAAUGGCAUUUAAAAAAUUGUGCUAUAUAUAUUUGUAUGUCAAAAUAUAUAUAAAAUGUGUUUGUGUGUGUGUUACUAAAGAUAUUUUCUAGGAUCUUAGAGAUAAUAUAAAGCCUUGAUAAUGAUCCCACAUGGGGUCACAUUCUCCAUCAAAGAAUGGAUUUUAGUGUUAAUAUUUUGAAAAUCCCACACCAUCUGGGAGUUACAUUCAGAUGAACCACAUUUGAUUUUUACUACAUGUUCAAAGCACUUUGGACAUGGGUGUGAUGAGCAGUAAAAAUUGUUAGGUUACAGCACACAAAGACUUUCUAUGUAAUUGUGAGUUUCCAAUUUUGUGGAAACAGUAUAGCAUAAAGUGAGGUGUGAUAUUCAGGCAUCCACAAACUUUACCUUACAGCAGGUUAUAAAAUGUUUUUCUGCCUUAAAAUCGAAUGCUUUUGGUUGAAUGAACGGUUAAAUAUAGCCAGUGUUUCACUUGUGUGCAUUAUUUGUAUGUAAUUGUUCAUAACUGAUUGUUCAAACCUCCCUUUAUUUUAGCUCCAUAUCAAAUUAUUGUAAUUUUUUACUGGAAUUCUUUUUUAAAUUCAUGUGUUUGAAUGAUCACAAUUUCCUGUUUACCUCCAAAAAACACUGUCACCAGGAGCUCACUAGAGGGUGUAGCAGCACACCCACAUCCUUUCUUAUUGCUGAUAUCACUUAUCCUUUCAUAUCACAUAAUUAUUACUGUCUAAAUCCUGAGUUCUUGAAUGCAUUCUUGAAUUGUCCAUGAAGGUUAGUAAAUAAAACCUAUUAUAAGCAGAUAAAUUAACAUUUAACAUUACAUAUAGUGUGCAUGCUUUCAACCUGUUUUUAUAAUCUGGUUGCAUUUUUAAAAACAUUUUAUACACAAACAAAUAUUAUCUACAUACAAAUGCAGACCCAUAACAGAAAUCACAGGUAAUUAAAAUUAGGCUGAACUCAGAUGCACUGAUUUUCACCCCAGUCCUGAUUUCAGUGAUGCUCUUGUGGCUGAAUGAACACAGAUCCUCACAGCCAAACUUCAACAUCUAGCAGUAAACUUUUCCAGAAGAUUUGAGAUUAUUAUAACACCAAAGAAGAGUUAUGGUCAGGUGUCCACACACUUUUGGCCUUGUAGUAUAGUUAAUAAACAGGCUCCAGUUGCUGCUCAAUAACCAAUGAGUGCAGAGAGGCGCGUCUAGAAGGUGGGAGGGGGUCAAAAGCCUCAAGUGGAACAUUCUCACACAGGAAUCUACACAACUUCAGUAUAUUACUGCACGUUAUGGACAAUCCUAAAUGCAGCCCUGUCACUUUAAUCAUGGCAAAGAGAAAACUUCAGAUUUUCCUAACAGGCUAAUUUAAUGGUUAAAACAGGAAUAUGGGGCAUUUACAGUCGAAAAAUGCGUGUAAACGCAGGGAGAGUCCAGAAGGUGUGUAAACUGCGUAAUGUUCAACAUCCCGUUUUUAGAGGAGGCACUUUGACGACAGGCUCUUCACUCCUGCAGGAAGAGUCGGUUCAUCUCAGCGGCUCAGACAGGAUCCGAUACAAGCAGGAUAUAUGUGGUGAAGAGCUAAAGGAUGAUCACUUCUUGGAUCAUGACUGCCCUCUGGAGGUAAUCCUUCCACCAGAGAGAGCAACCGAAUGCCAAAGUUACAAACCAGAAAAGGGAGAUCCCUCGAGGAGGAAUGCAAAAAAUGAUGACAUGGAGUGUAAUGAAAAUCACCAAGAGUGGGUGUUCACUUUGUAUGACUUUGACAACAGUGGCAGAGUAACCAAAGAGGAUAUGUCCAGCCUGAUGCAUACUAUCUAUGAAGUAGUGGAAGCAUCAGUCAAACAGUCUGCACUCUGCAACAGCAAAACUCUGCGUGUCAAAUUGACUAUAACACCCUUAAUACCCAGUUUCAACAGAAAAGAACGAGAUAUCAGGCUUCCACAGAGCAAGCAGGAGCAGCUGGAGGAAAACCACCCCAUUCACAUCAGAGGACAGAGCACAGAUCCUGCUGUUAGUCCUGAGAAAAAACUUUACCGCAUCGAUGAGAACACAGAACGCAGAAACCACUAUUUAGACCUGGCUGGGAUUGAAAACUACACCUCCAGAUUUGAUGCAGAUCACACACUACACUCACCCUAUGAGGAGCAAUUUCUGGAGAGCCUCACACAUGGCACACGCUCUGCCCAAUAUCGUGGCAGUCUGGGGAAGUCUGGUGGCCAGCGCCUCCCAUUUCUCAGGUCUCUGCGGAGCCGCAAAUCAAACAGGCUACAUGGCCAUCACCCAGUCAGCUGGUGCUGUCGUCCUGCUCCCCAGCAGCAGCCUUUGCACUACAGUCACAAUAAACGUGUUAAUGCCAGGCCUCGUGAUGUCACAUCAGCUUUUGUGCCUCAUCCAGGGUUAGACUUGGAGCUUCAGCCUGGAACAGGUGUUUCACCUGGUGGGUUCAUGCCCAUGGCUCAGAGGCAUGAGCACCAUCACCUCCAUGAGCAUCACCAUCACCACCACCAUCACCACCAUUACUAUUCCUCCUGACUGCAGACUGUGCCUCAGAAAUAGAGGCACAGAAAUUGAAGCGUUCAGAUGAUGACCCUGAAAAUUGCACACAAUUUUUUAUUAAUUUCUUUCCAGGAUCAAAUUUGGAAAGGGACCGUGUUUCUUUGAAAGAAAAACUCAAAAGUUUCAUUUGUCUAAAAAACUAUGCAACAAAGGUGCUAGUUGUAGUAAUGCAUCAUUUUCUUUUCUUAAUUAUCUACUACUAAUAAUAAAUGUUUUAAUAGCUUUUUGUAUAAAUUCAGUACGAUUAUUUACAGUGGAUUCUGAUAAACAUAAAACUUACAUUGCUUGUACAUAAAACUGUGCAGAACUCUGUAUUUGCACAAAAUGUAAUACAUUUUAUGUAUAAUACCAAGCCCAGAAGACUGAUAGGAAAUUUUAUUUUCUAUUUUCUAACCACUAUUUUCAUACAACCUAUAUUUCUAAUGUAUGUCGAAAUUGUUGCAUAUUUGCGCAUUAAAAAUAUAUAACAAUAAUAAGUA